AUGCCGAGCGUGUUUGUGACCGUCGGGACCACGUCCUUUGACGCGCUCGUGGCGGCGCUCGACACGCCCGCCGUGUACGCGACGCUGGCGGCGGCUGGAUACACGCAAGUCGUCUUCCAGAUCGGGCGCGGCAGCUACGAGCCGUCGGCGAUCGAGGCGCCGGUCCGCGUGACGAGCUAUCGCUACAACGCAGCGUACAAGGCCGACAUUGAGGCGGCGUCGCUCGUCAUUAGCCACGCGGGCGCGGGCACCAUCAUGGACGUCCUCCACGAGCGCAAGCACCUCAUCGUCGUGCCCAACACGCAGCUCAUGGACAACCACCAGACGGAGCUCGCGAGCGCGCUCGCCGACCGCCGCCACCUCUUGCAGGCAGCACUGGCCGAGCUGCCCACGCUGCUGGCGACCAUGAAGUGGGACAACAUUGAGCCCUACCCGCAGGUCGACGAAGACGCGUUUCCGCGCCUCGUGGACGACAUGAUGCUCGGGCCCCAUGCGACGUGA